UCGCUGCUGCUGUCUGCUGCUGCUCCAGGAGACGAGAUACCCGCAGCCUGCAACUCCAUGAAUAAUCUAAAUGAACCAAGGGAGAAUUGGAAUAUCUUGCCCAAUCACAGGGAUGGCGAAGGUGAUGGAAGCAAAUGGAAUUAUGCUCUACUGGUUCCUUUGUUGGGACUUGCUGCAUUCCGAUGGAUCUGGUCCAAGUGUGAUUAUUCACAAAAAGAAAUUGAACAGGAACGAUCUGCAUGUAAGAAUACGAUAGAAGCCACAGAGAAAGAGCUGAAACUGAAAUACCAAGAUGUGAUUAUUCAGAAUCGGAAAUCGCUCGCACGUUGUGAGCUGGAGCAGGAGAAGCUCAAAAGCAAAGUCCAAAGUUAUCAUGAAGCGCUUUCAGCACGAAGCCGUCAGCUAGUUGAAGAACGCCAGCAACUGGAACAAGAACGUAAAGUACUAGAGGAGAAAAAACAUAGCGUGCAAAAUUUAGGAGCAGCAGGGGCUUUGUAUCAGGAUCUGAUGAAGAAGGAAGGACUGUGGGAAACUCAAGCCAGAGCACUCAUAAAAACAUAUGAAAACUCCUUAGUCAAGAGGCAAAAUCUUUUCUGCAGUUACUUUAUUCCAAGGCAAGAAAGAUUUGAUUUGGAGAGGGCAAUGCGUAGCCAAGCUGCUGCAAAUCCAAUUGCUAAAGAAUUGGGCAUUGAAAGAGGUUUGAGAGAUAUCUUUGACCAUGAAACGCAUUGUGCAAACAUACAAAAUAAUGACCCUAGAAAAAAUGGUAGGUUAUUAUGGAUAUAUAUUUCAUUAUGGGAACUUCGAGCUGAGCUGCAAAAAUUCAAAAAAGUAGGCAAAACCUUAUUAGUAAAGCCAGUUAAUUAGAACGCGGGUCAUUUAUUAAAACAAUAAGAGGUAGACAUUUUCUGAGAAAUCACUCGAGUAUGAAGACAAAUUAAUAUCUCUUGUUAUUGUUGAUCCACAAAACAAUGCAGCAAGCCAUGUCGAAGCGAUGUGCUGUGAGUACUAGUUCAUUGUAAACUGCGAAAAGUUCACCAUUGGCCACAUAAAACAAUUGCAAUCUUACCCCGUAAAAAUGUUCAAUAGACUGAAUUACAAGCCAUGGAAUUGCUGAAUUUGCACUAAAUUCAUAACGUAACCCCACCACUGCAAUUUGGAGCUGAUAACUCCCAUUUGAAGGACAAUGAUUAAGAAUGUGACUUCUGAUCCAGAUCUGAAACUGAAUAUUAGAUGCCCUGAGUGAAAACAAAUAGAUUUGUGGUUUCACCAGUUUCUUAUGGUCAAUUUCCUCUGCGUUAAGCUUGCUUAUUUAGGCUUUGAAUCUUAUUUUUAACUUCAGACUUAAAUCUAGUAUCAAGUUCAAUCAUUUAACAUUUUUUGUUUGACUCAUAGUUGAGUAAUGAGUCUCAUUAACAAACUGAUUCAAAAAGAUAAACCAAGUUAUUUAAUCAAAAACCCAUCAUUAACCAUGAUUGGAUACAUUGCCGUUAUUAAAAGUUGUGGGACUUUCAUGGGGAAAAUGUGUAUUUGCUUAGAGCCCACAGUAUGCACAUUAAUACCAAAUGGUCUCCCUAACACAUUUCUGACCAUUGCAAAAUUCAUUUGAACAUUGGAAGCCUACAAACAGCUGAAAGAUAUCUGGGUUACAAUGAUUGAGUAAUUUGCAAGAUGAUAUGAUAAGUUUCACAUUCAUGGAAAUGAAAUGUUGUUUUUCCACACACGGGAUGUGCCUUUGUGUAAAUUUAUACCAACAGACUAACAUACAGGGGCUGAUUAUUCUGACGGCGAAUUAUAUAUCAUGCAACAUUUAAAGUUUUAGAAUUUUAACUUGCCCUUUUAUCAUCUGCUGUUCUUGUCGUAUUUUUGAAAGUAGCUUCAUUAUUAUUGAUCGUGAUGAAUUAGACAUCUGGAGGUACUCUGUAGUUUUCACAUUGUCAUUGAUUCACUGUUAAUGUCCGAAUGAUUGGUGUGACAAUUCCCAACAAUAACUGGAUUACCAUGUGCUGUUUAACUCUCUUCAUUUCAAGCAAUUUUCUCUUUUUGUUUCCUUAAUGAAUACUUAAAGCAACUAAAUCCACCACCUUUAUUAUUUGCCGCGACUUUGUCCUUUCCUUCCAAUGGUUAAGGAGUUGAACCUUUGGACCUUUGAAACAUAUGAUUAUUAAGGGUUUGGACAUGCUAGAGGCAUGUUCCCGAUGUUGGGGGAGCUCUGAACCAGGGGCCACUGGAAUAAGGGGUAAGCCAUUUAGAACGGAGAUGAGGAAACACUUAUUCACAGAGAGUUGUGAGUCUGUGGAAUCCUCUGCCUCAGAGGGCAGUGGAGGCCGGUUCUCUGGAUAAUUUCAAGAGAGCUAGAUAGGGCUCUUAAAGAUAGCGGAGUCAGGGGAUAUGAGGAGAAGGCAGGAACGGGAUACUGAUUGGGAAUGAUCAGCCAUGAUCACAUUGAAUGGCGGUGCUGGCCCAUUCCAGCACCUUUUGUCAGCCCUCCCACUCUGGAAAAAUCUGCAAAGACACCAGUGACAUUUCUGUGUUGAUAUCCGUGAACAUUUUCAGCAAUUUAUGGUGCAAAUAUUCCUGUGAUUUUAAAAGUUGUGGAGAAAGAGAGCAAUUUGUAAUGUACUUCUUGAAAUGCUUCCUUCCAAAAAUACGCCUUGGAUGAAUACGCCUUGCUGCACAUCUAUUGUCCUAUUCACUAGCAUGGCAGAUGUAUACACAAUUAAACCAUCUGGAAUCCUCCACACCCAUGAAGGAAUCACCAAGGACAAUGGGAAUUGCAUAUAUCAUCCAUAAAUGACACCUUUUAAAACAUUUAAAUCAAAUUAACUUGCUAUUUCAUUUUUAAAUGCAAAGGCUUUUGAGUAUGUCCGCACGUCACAAUUCCUUGAAACGUUGGAUGAAUAAUUGAGCUUAACAGGAAUGGCAAUCAUAGUGGAAAGAUUGCACCUUGCAGGUUGAGAGAUUGUAUUCAUUGUAGUGAUCGUUAAUGUUCACUUUAUAUGAAAUUCUUUAUAACAUAUUUUCCCCAGCAAAGCAGGAGAGUUGUCUGGUAGAAAAAUAAAUAUUCACAAUUUCAUCAAUAUGGGUAAACAGAUCAAAAUGCAACCAAUAAGUGUGAUUAGUGCCAAUAUAUUUCAACCCACCUUGGUCAAUUUGUUGUUUGAAUUCCUGCCAAUUGCUCAGUGUUUCACAUUAAAAACAGAAGUAUAAGAUGGUCAUGAAAAAUAAAUUUGACCCGAUAACCAAAAGUCACUGUUCGGUUCAAAAUUUGGAAUAUUUGAUUAUUUUGUAAAAAGUAAUUAUGCUGUGUUUAAGACUGGCCUAUAUAAGGAAAUGGAAAAUCGUGGUUAAGGGAUUUUGGUUCAUGUAUAAGCUUUUAAAUAAAUGGUAGGUACACAAAAAUGCUGGAGAAACUCAGCGGGUGCAGCAGCAUCUAUGGAGCGAAGGAAAUAGGCGACGUUUCAGGCCGAAACCCUUCUUCAGAUUUCAGACUAAAUAAAUGGUGUUUAGAACUGGUUGCUCAGACCUGAUUUGUAAGAAUUUGAGGUUUUUAAUAUGAAAUGUAAUGUGUGGAGGGAUCUGAUUAUUGCCUAUCCUUAACUUGCUUGCAAUUAUAUUUUGCUGCACCAUCAGGUUUGGGGGAGAUUUCAGGUGUGUAUUCCUUUAUUUGAUUCAUAUUUUUCCAGGAAUUAUAUUUUUUCCACGUGAAAAUUUGGGGGCUAGGGAGCACUGAUUUACUUAUUACCCAGGAUGUUUGUAACUGAUGAAAACCAUUCUGUGAAAUGAAUCAUCCCUGUGCUUUCUUGUCUACAUGUGUUCAAUAAGAAAUCAAUUAAAGUUGUAUUACUCUU